AUGGCGGCUGGGAAGAGGUUCUGCCUUUUCCUGGGAUUCUUAACAAUUACAACCAUCCAAGGAAAUCCUGCCACCUGCUCGGAGAAGACUGGGAACUACGACAGCGUCCGUCCUGUCCGAUGUACUCUACCAGGAGGAGGGACACUGUCAAACACGUUUUCCACGUUCUCCUGGCAGAGACUAGAGAUGGUCGAGUAUCAAACGGGUGUCCAGGCGAGUCAGUUCUCGGGAUUUUCUUCCGCUUCUACCGCCUCCUUUGAUUCAUCUUAUUCACACUCGCUCACCAUUAUCUGUAAACCUGGGAUCACCUCGUUUACUGUUGCUGCCAAUUCAUUUUCUCAGUUCCCCACCCUCCAGGUGUUGGAGUUUCAGGAUUGCCCCAUCACGUCCAUUCCCGCCAACGCCUUCCCUAAUCACUUCUUGGAUCAUUUAAUUUUCACUGGCGCGAAAAUCGACUCUAUUGAUGCUGAUGCUUUUAUUGGUCUAAACAUAAGCAGACUCUCUAUUCCUGGAGCAGUUGGUGGUAUAACCAUCAACAGUGCCCUUACUGCAGGCCUUCCAGAAACAGUAUUCGACAACCUGACGUCUAUGGAAUAUCUAGCCGUUAAUGGUGCCAAUCUGAACACCCUCACUGUCGGCCAUGUUGGAAGUCUGGCUAACCUCAAGUAUCUGAUUCUUAAAGACAACGCUCUCACUAACAUUACUACCGGUAUCUUUACAAACAUGAAGAGCCUGUCCUAUGUGGAUCUAUCGAAUAACAAGUUUACCUGCACUUGUAACGAUCUGUGGUUCCUACAGUACACAGCUGAGAACCACAUCAAUCUUCUCGGAGGGCCUCUGUGUGGAACCCCCGCUUCUCAUGACACAAAGAGGGCGACGAUGUAUUAUUCAGAAAUAUGUGCUACAGCAGAUGUGUGUGGUAAUACUGUCGGAGUGGCUAUGGGAAGUAGCUGCAUGGCACUAUACCAACUGAUGAGCUUCAUUUUGCUCCUAAUCAUCCUGGUUCUUUCUUGCUUGGCACUUGGCUGUAUCUGCAAGACCAGAAAAGAACUAACAAGAGUACAGAGAAGAAUGAAGAACAAACGGGCAAGCUCUUGGAACAGGGUACAGGAAGCUAUGAAACAACGGAGCGGAGCAAAACAAAAACCACCAGUCGGCAAAAACGGAUGGAUCUAA